CACGUUAAAAGUAUAAAAAUUUUUUUUGUAAUUGUGAAUAAUUUUACUGUUUUAAAAUUUUAGCUUAAAAACAAUUCCAAGUAAAAAAUAGUUUUAUUCUUUCUCUUUGAAAAUUACAAUCAUUUAAAAUAUUAUUGUGAUUUUGAAGACUUCAACUUUUGAAUAAAAAUGUGUUUUUUAAAAUUUUUGGUGCUCCUUCCUUUUUGCAUUCUUGUCGUAGUAAACUGCAGUCCUACUAAUAUAAAUAGCAAAACGAAUAAUGAAUUAUCGUCAGAAGAUGUGUCAAUGCAGCAAAAUUCAGAUGAAAUGCAACCAGAAAUGCGCUUCAUUUCAAAUUAUGCACUUGACUCUUCAUUUAGCAUACCUUUAAUAGUUAAAAGAUGCAUACAGGAAGUGGAAAACAGAGGAAUGAAUGAACCAUUAUUAUACUUUGAAAUUAGCUACGAAGAGAAUGGUAAAAAAUUAUUCACAGAAUUAACUAACAAUCACGUCGAUCUAUCGCAACAAAAUCCUCUGAUAAUUGCCGAAACUCUCAAAUUCUUUUUGAGAUUUUUAAAGUCACCUUUGAUUGUUCCUGAACUGAUUAAUGAAUUUUCACAAGCUGUAGAAUCAACAGUUGAUUUCGAAAAAUUAAAAGAACUGAUUAACAAACUUCCGCUUGUAAAUCGAAGAACUCUUGCAUUACUGAUGACACAUUUAAAACGAGUCUUAAAACAGAAUCACGUUUCACAAAUGCAAUUAAACAUAAUUUUUAAACAUCUUUUUUUUUAUUGUUAUGCGUCUCCAAAUAUUGCGGGAAAUAUUCUUGAUGCCUUUUUUUCUUUUCCAUUCAAAUAUUGGAAUUUAAUUACUAAUUAUACUUCAAUUAUCAAGAUUCGUCAAGAAGAAAACUCGGCAAUAAAUACUGAAGAUGAUAUGCGAAAUGAAGUGAUUCAUGUAUUAACGUCAGAAGAUGAGACAAUGCAGCAAAAUUCAGAUGAAAUGCAACCAGACAAGCUCCGCAUUCACCAGUAUUCACUUGACUCUUCAUCUUCCAUACCUAUAAUAAUUAUAAGAUCCAUACAGGAACUGGAAAACAGAGGAAUAAAUAAUAUACAAAACACUUAUUAUUAUACCAGAAACAGGAAUGUGAAUGAGAAUAAUUUAUUGAAAGAAAUUAUACUUUCUAACAAUGUCGAUUUAUCACAAUAUGACCCUCUGAUAUUUCCCAAAAUUAUCAAAACAUUUUUGAGUGAUUUGAAGUCACCUUUGAUUGCUUUUCAAUUUAGUAAAAAAUUGUCACAAGCUGUAAAAUCAACAGUUGAUUUCGAAAAAUUAAAAGAACUGAUUGACAAACUUCCGCUUGUAAACCGAAAAACUCUUGCAUUGCUGAUGAUACAUUUAAAACGAGUUUUAAAAAAUGAAAAUAGCGUUUUACAAUCGAGACUAAACUUAUAUUAUAGAAAAGCUUUUUUUUUUACUAAUAUCUCUGCAGAUAAUCAGAAAAAAAUUAUUGAUGCUUUUUUUUCUCUUCCAUUCGAUUAUUGGAAUUCCAUUACUGAUUAUGCUUCAGUUAUUCAUGUAUUAUCGUCAGGAGAUGAGACAAUGCAGCAAAAUUCAGAUGAAAGGCAACCAGACAAGCUCUACAUUGAAGAUUAUCCACUUAACUCUUCAAUACCUUUAAUAAUUAUAAGAUCCAUACAGGAACUGGAAAACAGAGGAAUAAAUAAUAUACAAAACAGUUAUUAUUAUUCAAGAAACACGAAUGUGAAUGAGAAUAAUUUAUUGAAAGAAAUGAUACUUUCUGACAAUGUCGAUUUAUCACAAUAUGACCCUCUGAUAUUUCCCAAAAUUAUCAAAACAUUUUUAAGUGAUUUGAGGUCACCUUUGAUUGUUUCUCGUAUGAAUAAAAACUUGUCACAAGCUGUAAAAUCAACAGUUGAUUUCGAAAAAUUAAAAGAACUGAUUGACAAACUUCCGCUUGUAAACCGAAAAACUCUUGCAUUGCUGAUGAUACAUUUAAAACGAGUUUUAAAAAAUGAAAAUAGCGUUUUGCAAUCGAGAAUAAACUUAUAUUAUAGAAAUGCUGCUUUUUCUAAACACCUCCCUAUAGAUAAACAGGAAAAAAUUUUUGAUGCUUUUUUUUCUCUUCCAUCCGAUUAUUGGAAUUCCAUUACUGAUUAUGAUACAGUUAUUCAUGUAUUAUCGUCACAAGAUGAGACAAUGCAGCAAAAUUCAGAUGAAAGGGAACCACAAAAGCUCUACAUUGAAGAUUAUCCACUUAACUCUUCAAUACCUUUAAUAAUUAUAAGAUCCAUACAGGAACUGGAAAACAGAGGAAUAAAUAAUAUACAAAACAGUUAUUAUUAUUCAAGAAACACGAAUGUGAAUGAGAAUAAUUUAUUGAAAGAAAUGAUACUUUCUGACAAUGUCGAUUUAUCACAAUAUGACCCUCUGAUAUUUCCCAAAAUUAUCAAAACAUUUUUGAGUGAUUUGAAGUCACCUUUGAUUGUUUCUCGUAUGAAUAAAAACUUGUCACAAAUUGUAGAAUCAACAGUUGAUUUCAAAAAAUUAAAAGAACUGAUUGACAAACUUCCGCUUGUAAACCGAAAAACUCUUGCAUUGCUGAUGAUACAUUUAAAACGAGUUUUAAAAAAUGAAAAUAGCGUUUUGCAAUCGAGAAUAAACUUAUAUUAUAGAAAAGCUGCUUUUUCUGAACACCUGCCUGUAGAUAAACAGGAAAAAAUUUUUGAUGCUUUUUUUUCUCUUCCAUCCGAUUAUUGGAAUUCCAUUACUGAUUAUGAUACAGUUAUUCAUGUAUUAUCGUCACAAGAUGAGACAAUGCAGCAAAAUUCAGAUGAAAGGGAACCACAAAAGCUCUACAUUGAAGAUUAUCCACUUAACUCUUCAAUACCUUUAAUAAUUAUAAGAUCCAUACAGGAACUGGAAAACAGAGGAAUAAAUAAUAUACAAAACAGUUAUUAUUAUUCAAGAAACACGAAUGUGAAUGAGAAUAAUUUAUUGAAAGAAAUGAUACUUUCUGACAAUGUCGAUUUAUCACAAUAUGACCCUCUGAUAUUUCCCAAAAUUAUCAAAACAUUUUUGAGUGAUUUGAAGUCACCUUUGAUUGUUUCUCGUAUGAAUAAAAACUUGUCACAAAUUGUAGAAUCAACAGUUGAUUUCAAAAAAUUAAAAGAACUGAUUGACAAACUUCCGCUUGUAAACCGAAAAACUCUUGCAUUGCUGAUGAUACAUUCAAAACGAGUUUUAAAAAAUAAAAAAAGCGUUUUACAAUCGAGACUAAACUUAUAUUAUAGAAAAGCUUUUUUUUUUACUAAUAUCUCUGCAGAUAAUCAGAAAAAAAUUGUUGAUGCUUUUUUUUCUCUUCCAUUCGAUUAUUGGAAUUCCAUUACUGAUUAUGCUUCAGUUAUUCAUGUAUUAUCGUCAGGAGAUGAGACAAUGCAGCAAAAUUCAGAUGAAAGGGAACCACAAAAGCUCUACAUUGAAGAUUAUCCACUUAACUCUUCAAUACCUUUAAUAAUUAUAAGAUCCAUACAGGAACUGGAGAACAGAGGAAUAAAUAAUAUACAAAACAGUUAUUAUUAUUCAAGAAACACGAAUGUGAAUGAGAAUAAUUUAUUGAAAGAAAUGAUACUUUCUGACAAUGUCGAUUUAUCACAAUAUGACCCUCUGAUAUUUCCCAAAAUUAUCAAAACAUUUUUAAGUGAUUUGAGGUCACCUUUGAUUGUUUCUCGUAUGAAUAAAAACUUGUCACAAGCUGUAAAAUCAACAGUUGAUUUCGAAAAAUUAAAAGAACUGAUUGACAAACUUCCGCUUGUAAACCGAAAAACUCUUGCAUUGCUGAUGAUACAUUUAAAACGAGUUUUAAAAAAUGAAAAUAGCGUUUUGCAAUCGAGAAUAAACUUAUAUUAUAGAAAUGCUGCUUUUUCUAAACACCUCCCUAUAGAUAAACAGGAAAAAAUUUUUGAUGCUUUUUUUUCUCUUCCAUCCGAUUAUUGGAAUUCCAUUACUGAUUAUGAUACAGUUAUUCAUGUAUUAUCGUCACAAGAUGAGACAAUGCAGCAAAAUUCAGAUGAAAGGGAACCGCAAAAGCUCUACAUUGAAGAUUAUCCACUUAACUCUUCAAUACCUUUAAUAAUUAUAAGAUCCAUACAGGAACUGGAGAACAGAGGAAUAAAUAAUAUACAAAACAGUUAUUAUUAUUCAAGAAACACGAAUGUGAAUGAGAAUAAUUUAUUGAAAGAAAUGAUACUUUCUGACAAUGUCGAUUUAUCACAAUAUGACCCUCUGAUAUUUCCCAAAAUUAUCAAAACAUUUUUAAGUGAUUUGAAGUCACCUUUGAUUGUUUCUCGUAUGAAUAAAAACUUGUCACAAAUUGUAGAAUCAACAGUUGAUUUCAAAAAAUUAAAAGAACUGAUUGACAAACUUCCGCUUGUAAACCGAAAAACUCUUGCAUUGCUGAUGAUACAUUUAAAACGAGUUUUAAAAAAUGAAAAUAGCGUUUUGCAAUCGAGAAUAAACUUAUAUUAUAGAAAAGCUGCUUUUUCUGAACACCUGCCUGUAGAUAAACAGGAAAAAAUUUUUGAUGCUUUUUUUUCUCUUCCAUCCGAUUAUUGGAAUUCCAUUACUGAUUAUGAUACAGUUAUUCAUCUAUUAUCGGCAGAAGAUGAGACAAUGCAGCAAAAUUCAGAUGAAAGGGAACCACAAAAGCUUUACAUUGAAGAUUAUCCACUUAACUCUUCCAUACCUUUAAUAAUUAUAAGAUCCAUAAAGGAACUGGAAAAAAGAGGAAUAAAUUAUAUACAAAACUCUUAUAAUUAUUCCAAAUACAGGAAUGUAAAUGACUAUAAUUUAUUGAAAGAAAUGUUACUUUCUGACAAUGUCGAUUUAUCACAAUAUAACAGUCUGAUAUUACCCAAAAUUAUCAGAAUAUUUUUGAGAGAUUUGAAGUCACCUUUGAUUGCUUUUCAAUUUAGUAAAAAAUUGUCACAAGCUGUAAAAUCAACAGUUGAUUUCGAAAAAUUAAAAGAACUGAUUGACAAACUUCCGCUUGUAAACCGAAAAACUCUUGCAUUGCUGAUGAUACAUUUAAAACGAGUUUUAAAAAAUGAAAAUAGCGUUUUACAAUCGAGACUAAACUUAUAUUAUAGAAAAGCUUUUUUUUUUACUAGUAUCUCUGCAGAUAAUCAGAAAAAAAUUAUUGAUGCUUUUUUUUCUCUUCCAUUCGAUUAUUGGAAUUCCAUUACUGAUUAUGCUUCAGUUAUUAAUGGAUUAUAAUCAGAAGAAGAUGACUUAGUUUAAUGAUGAUGUAUUGAAUAUUUCUUUUUAAUCUACAAAGAAAAUAAUUUUAACUUGAUAUAUUUAUGAGCGAUUCUCAAAAGGAUUUCGACAAAAAUGUCA